GGAGAAGGGCCUUCUGUAUUGCUGGGGAAUUUUAUAAUCCCUGUUUGUCCCUUCCCCUGAUUCCUCCUCCUCCUCCUCCUCCUCCUUCUUCUAUGAGAUCGAUUGGUUAAUCGUCGACGGGGAACUCGGGACGGAAUCCGGUGGCCGGUCGAUUUUUCUGAGAAGGGGAAAGGAAGGCAAGUUUUAUGACCUCCGUCUUCGCCUUUCUCUCGUGAUCUCCCUCGUCUUUUGAAAUGAAGUUUGGCUUUCGUGCGACUUUUUCUGUUUUCUCGCGGUUUUGUACUGUUUUCGGUUGAUAUUUUGGUUUCUUUCGGCCUUUUUUGUUCUUUAUAUAGCACCUCUACGGACUCUUCUUCCUUGCUAUUUUCGAAUUUUGAGACCGAGACUGUUGGAACUCGACUACUUCUGUUUUCUCUCUCUCUCUUAUCUUCUUUUGCGAAUACUUUCUGAAUCUUCUAAGUGAAAGGGAAGAAAGAGGUGGUCUCGAAUUUCCUUUUGGAAGGUUUUCUCUGUUUGCAUGCUCCUCAUUUAACGUUUUUUGAGAUUGUUGAAUCUGGUUGAGCGAAUUGGUGGGCAUUUAUUCGGUGCGCAGUUUUGAUUUUUUCAGAAUUAUGGAAAAAAAGCCUUCGUCGUGAGAUGUAAAAUCGAACCGCUGUUUGUGGUUAUGACGAUAACUAUCGCAUGAAUUGAGCUUUGAAUUUAAACAAUUUGUUAUUGUUAUUUUGUAUUAAUAAAAUCAAUUUUUAGAAAGAAAAACGAAAUUCCUCUUCUAUUUGGCUGGAUAUCAGUUUUUCUGAUUUUCUUUUUCCGUUCAGUUUUCUUCUUCUAGGCAUAGCGCUUUCUUUUGGAAAAACCAACUGAUUUUCUCUAGGAAAAGUGAAAAAGAAAAGAAAAAAAGAAUGGCCGUCGCCUUCCCUCGUCUCUCUUGGUGGCUGUGGAGAGGAAAAGAGCACGAACCCUCGGUUCACUCAGGCCCUUCUCCAGGGUCUUCUUCAUCAUCGGAGUCCAAUUUAAGGGAGCCAGAUUCUCUGAAUUUCCGGCCGGUCAACGGCGCGAAAUUCCCAUCUACUUCUAGGAAGGUGAAGCGCAAAUGGCACAGCCGGGAGGAGAGGAAGGGGAUUGACAGGGAGUAUGAUAUGGUUCUGGUGCCGUCGGACGGUGGUUGCAUGUCGGGGUCUGAAUCCGACGACUCGGAUUGGUCGAUUGGUUGGUUGGAGCCCCUCGCCCCUGAAUUCCAGGACGAAGAUGAGUCUGAUAACAGUUUCGCGGUGCUGGUGCCUUGUUACGGAAGGCCUUUUGGGGACUCCAUGGCGGAAAGGUCGGAGAAUAAGCUUUUGGGUGCUUUUAUUUCCAACUUCCACACUGGGUAUUCUGCAGAGAGCAAGAAGUACAUGGAGAAAUGGCUGUCUUCUCUGCAAGAGCAGCAGGGCUUUCAGGUUGGCGGGUGACUAAAUUGGAGAAAGACUUACGCCUAUUGGAGAUUGAUUGGGCUGCAUUAAGUUCGUUAUGUCCUCAAAAAAUCUCAAAUGCAUCAGAGACAUGCACAAUAUGCGGAGAAGGAAAGAACCAUCAAUUUCAAUGAACAUUCCCCAAAAAAAGAAAAAAACCUAAAUAGUCUGGCUCAGAGCCCUCACUCUCAUGAGGGAAUGAGCCAGCUUUCUCUAUAAUAUACUUCUUCUAGCGGUGUUUGAAGUUGUUGUGUGAUGCACAGGAUGUGAUUAUGGGCGUCGAGUGACUGCUCACAGUUAUAUGUAAAUACUAGGUGAGAUGAUUCUUUAUGUAAAUAAAUGUCAAGAAAUGUACAGUAUGAAGCACCAGCUCGAUUCCUAUUGUAAAUACCACUUUCUGUUCUUAUCAAUACAAAGUGACAGAAAAUUUUGCGUCUUUGUUUCA